UUAGACUAUUCCUAAAUUUUGAUUUAUCAUUAAAAAGUGUAAAUAGAUACGUUCAAAAAGAAGUGCUUGAGUAGUUACGUGGAUGAAUUUAAUAUAUUAUUUUUGUAAAUUUGAAAGCCUCCGCCAGACACGAUCAUAGCAGGAUUGCAAAAAUAAUGGACGUUAAGGAACCUGCAAUGCAAAUGCAAGCCCUACAGGAAGUCUUCCCGUUUAACAUCAAACAUGAGCCGCACUUUGAGAUAGACGAUUCCACGCCGAACGCUUUUGAUCAACAUCAACUAUUCGACAGCGCAGCAGAACAAUUACAUUCCCAGGAGAGUAAUGAGCCUUUACAGUCGGCCGCAUUAUUACAACCUCCUAUUAAGAAAACUCGAAAAAGAAAGUAUCAACCCGCUUCUAAUGGGAAGUUCAAAUGUUCCGUGUGCGAUAAGGAAUUCACCCAACGUCACAGUCUCGCCUAUCACGAAGGCAUUCACAGUAACGAGCGCCACCAGUGUGACGUGUGUGGGAAAGUAUUUCUUCGCUUGAAGAGUUUGGAAAUGCAUAGUUCCAUGCAUACGCAGGCCCCUACCCACAUAUGUGCCUUCUGUGGCAAAGGAUUUGCUAACACCGCUCGGCUGGCUCAGCAUACGCUUAGGCAUAAUGGUAUCCGAAAGCACAAAUGCGAACAGUGCCCUAUGGCCUUCAUUACCAAGGUGGAGCUAAAGCUACACUCACGGAUUCACACCGGAGAAGAACCGUACAAGUGUACGGUUUGUGGGAAAGGUUUCAAAACGUCCAGCUAUCGGACGCAGCAUAUGCGCAAUCAUACCGGAGAAAAGCCCUAUGAAUGUUCCGUGUGUGAUAAACGUUUCUACGCUAGUAGUGCCCUUACGGUUCAUAUGCGAAAUCAUACCGGAGACAGACGUUAUAAGUGUGACAUUUGUGGUAAAGCAUUCCUAGAACCGAGUCACCUGGCCGAGCAUGUUCGCAGUCACACUGGUGAACGUCCCUUCGAGUGUGGUAUAUGUGGCAACACAUUUAUCUAUGCCAGCGGCCACAGACGACAUAUGCUGCGUCAUGCCGGAAAACGAUCGUUCAAGUGCGAAGAAUGCGGCAAAGAAUUUAGUUCUACCAGUUAUCUUGCUGUCCAUGUUAAGCUUCACAAUGAAGAAAGAACGCACAUCUGUGACAUUUGCGGUAAAGGAUUCAGCGGAACGGUUCAUCUGACCCAGCACAAACGAGUACACAUGCUGGAACGGAUGCACAAAUGUGACUUUUGUGAGAAAGCAUUUGUCAGCCCUACUGACCUGGGAAAGCACGUUCGAACGCACACGGGCGAGCCAGCGCUACGGCCGUACCAGUGUGAGGUCUGUUCGAAAUCGUACGCCUCAACCUGGCUGGUGUCGCAGCAUAUGCGUAGCCACACUGGCGAACGGCCGUUCAAGUGCGAACUGUGCGGCAAGGAUUUCCUCCGCAAUUAUCACCUCAAGCAGCACCGGCGGGUUCACACCGACGAUCGGCCGUUCAAGUGUGACAUUUGCCAGAAAGGAUUUUUCGACAGCACCGAGCUGAAGUUCCACAGACGUUCGCACACGGGUGAGAAGCCACACCAGUGCGAUGUUUGCAACAAAUCCUUUACCCGACCAAGUGAGUUGAAUGUGCACAAACGCGUACACGCCGACGGACCGUUGCAUAAAUGCGCAGAUUGCGGGAAGGAGUUUGUUCAGAUAAAAGCUUACAAUAGGCAUCGGAAGAUACACAAAGAUGAUGAGGUGGCGGCAGGAACGCAGAAACCGGAGAUAGUUGUCAAAAAUGAGAGUGGAAAUACCGAUGAUGAUGAGGAGAAAAUGCUAGAACAAGCGAUGGUAGUCGAAAAGCAGAGCAAAGAAACAGACGAGGUGAGCGAAACGCCAGAACAGGGAAUAAUUAUUGGAAAGCAAAGCCCGUAGCGGUAAUGAUUGGGAAUCAUUGUAAUAAUAUUAUAGUAGG